AAUAUUUUCCAGUGACGUCAUGUCGGUGUGAAACGUGUUCGAUGCUAAACCCUCCCCUUCAUGUCACAUAAAAAGUGUAUCACGAGCUGAAAACUUUCCAUUCGAUCGAACCAAUCGCUGCUCGUAUGUCCUUUCAUGGUAAAGUACAUCUAGUCAUGAACACGGAAAUACGCAGCAAAGACCCAGCUACUCUCUGACAGUCACCAUCACACCAUCAGACCAUCAGAUGUACGGGCUGUGUGUUUCUCUCAUCACUCUCUUGUGUGCUGUUUCCUCCAGUCAGGAUGGGAUCUCUGCAGCAGAGGUGGAGCUGAGAGUCAGACCAGGAGACAAUGUUGUUCUUCAUUGUGACAUCAAAAACCAUCUGGUAACAGAUUGGCACAGAACCAGCUCCGUUGGGAACGGGAGUCAUUUCAGAAUUUCCAAAUCCAAUCCUGUCCGUCGAUUCUAUUUCCUGUGGCGUUCUCAACAGUUCUAUGAUCUACUGAUAACUAACGUCUCUGAAUCUGACCUGGGACUCUACUACUGUGGGAGCUGGCAGAAACUGGUGGUGAACAAGGAAGGGUUUCUCCAUGACACAGGAAAAGAUGUCUACUAUCAUGGAAAUGUCAUCACCAGACUUUCAUUUGAAACCAGCCCUCCUGAGUCCUCCUCCUCCCCUGAUGUAGACUGUGGUCUGUGUUGGAUGUUGCUGUUCAGCCUGUGUCCUGUGUCUGCUCUCCUCUCCUCUCUCCUCUACUCCACCUGUGUCUACUCCUUCUGCAGAACAACAGCUCCAACUGAGACUCAGGUUCCUCUGAACAGGACGACCACCAGGGGAAGUGACAGCAGAGAGCAGACUAAAGUCAGAUACCUACGCAUCCAUUAAAUCCAGCAUUAUGAGACCGAAACUAAUCCAUCAAUACCAGCAGUGUGAGACCUAUACCAGCUAUCAAUACCAGCAGUGUGAGACCUAUACCAGCCAUCAAUACCAGCAGUGUGAGACCUAUACCAGCCAUCAAUACCAUCAGAGUGAGACCUAUACCAGCCAUCAAUACCAUCAGAGUGAGACCUAUACAAGCUAUCAAUACCAGCAGUGUGAGACCUAUACAAGCUAUCAAUACCAGCAGUGUGAGACCUAUACCAGCAGAGUGAGACUUUAACCAGCUUUCAAAACCAAUACCAGCCUUCAAAGCCAGCAGAGUAAGACCAAUACCAGCCAUCAAUACCAUCAGAGUGAGAGACCAAUACCAGCCAUCAAUACCAGCAGAGUGAGAGACCAAUACCAGCCAUCAAUACCAGCAGAGUGAGACCUAUACCAGCCAUCAAUACCAGCAGAGUGAGAGACCAAUACCAGCCAUCAAUACCAUCAGAGUGAGAGACCAAUACCAGCCAUCAAUACCAUCAGAGUGAGAGACCAAUACCAGCCAUCAAUACCAUCAGAGUGAGAGACCAAUACCAGCCAUCAAUACCAGCAGAGUGUGAGACCUAUACCAGCCAUCAAUACCAGCAGAGUGAGACCAAUACCAGCCAUCAAUACUAUCAGAGUGUGAGACCUAUACCAGCCAUCAAUACCAUCAGAGUGUGAGACCUAUACCAGCCAUCAAUACCAGCAGAGUGUGAGACCUAUACCAGCCAUCAAUACCAGCAGAGUGAGACCAAUACCAGUCAUCAAUACCAGCAGAGUGUGAGACCUAUACCAGUCAUCAAUACCAGCAGAGUGAGACCUAUACCAGCCAUCAAUACCAGCGGUGUGAUACUUAUACCAGCCAUCAAUACCAGCAGAGUGAGACCUAUACCAGCCAUCAAUACCAGCAGAGUGUGAGACCUAUACCAUCCAUCAAUACCAGCAGAGAGUGAGAUCUAUACCAGCCAUCAAUACCAGCAGAGUGUGAGACCUAUACCAUCCAUCAAUACCAGCAGAGAGUGAGAUCUAUACCAGCCAUCAAUACCAGCAGAGUGUGAGACCUAUACCAUCCAUCAAUACCAGCAGAGUGAGACCUAUACCAUCCAUCAAUAUCAGCAGAGUGAGACCUAUACCAGCCAUCAAUACCAGCAGUGUGAGAUCUAUACCAGCCAUCAAUACCAGCAGAGUGUGAGACCUAUACCAGCCAUCAAUACCAGCAGAGUAAGACCUAUACCAGCCAUCAAUACCAGCAGAGUGUGAGACCUAUACCAUCCAUCAAUACCAGCAGAGUGAGACCUACACCAGCCAUCAAUACCAGCAGAGUGUGAGACCUAUACCAGUCAAAAAUACCAUCAGAGUGAGACCUAUACCAGCCAUCAAUGCCAGCGGUGUGAUACUUAUACCAGCCAUCAAUACCAGCAGAGUGAGACCUAUACCAGCCAUCAAUGCUUGCAGAGUGUGAGACCUAUACCAUCCAUCAAUACCAGCAGAUUGAGACCUAUACCAUCCAUCAUUACCAGCAGAGAGUGAGAUCUAUACCAGCCAUCAAUACCAGCAGAGUAAGACCUAUACCAGCCAUCAAUACCAGCAGAGUGAGACCUAUACCAUCCAUCAAUAUCAGCAGAGUGAGACCUAUACCAGCCAUCAAUACCAGCAGAGUGUGAGACCUAUACCAUCCAUCAAUUCCAGCAGAGUGAGACCUAUACCAGCCAUCAAUACCAGCAGUGAGACCUGUACCUCAAAUAAUAACAAUUGGACUCUGAAUGACAGCACCAUGGCAACAACAACAGGAAGUUCGUGUGGGUUUCCUGUGUACUGAUUGUGUCUUCUCAGCCAAUCAGUGACCAGCUCUUAUAUGAGUACUGUAAUGCCAACAUCAUAAUAUCAGAUUAUCAACAUUAGUAGUGGUCAAUGUAUGUAUAUGAGUAUAUAUAAAUAAUGUUGAUAUGUGGGAGUGUUUGACCAUAUGAUUACCUAUAAUGUAUUGUCCUAUACAGAAUGUGUGAUUGUGAUUUACUCAACUAGUGCUUCUGCUCUGUAGCAGAGGGGUUAUGGGAGGCCUGGGCUUUAGGUCUUAGGGGAGGUCUGAGGGGUUAAGAGCUCUGUUUCUCUGGUUAACCUCCAGAGCUCUGUUUCUCUGGUUACCUCCAGAUCUCUGUUUCUCUGGUUAACCUCCAGAUAUCUGUUUCUCUGGUUACCUCCAGAGCUCUGUUUCUCUGGUUAACCUCCAGAUCUCUGUUUCUCUGGUUAACCUCCAGAGCUCUGUUUCUCUGGUUAGCCUCCUGAGCUCUGUUUCUCUGGUUAACCUCCAGAUCUCUGUUUCUCUGGUUAACCUCCAGAGCUCUGUUUCUCUGGUUACCUCUAGAGCUCUGUUUCUCUGGUUAACCUCCAGAUCUCUGUUUCUCUGGUUAACCUCCAGAUCUCUGUUUCUCUGGUUAACCUCCAGAUCUCUGUUUAUCUGGUUAACCUCCAGAUCUCUGUUUCUCUGGUUAACCUCCAGAGCUCUGUUUCUCUGGUUAACCUCCAGAUCUCUGUUUCUCUGGUUAACCUCCAGAUCUCUGUUUCUCUGGUUAACCUCCAGAUCUCUGUUUCUCUGGUUAACCUCCAGAUCUCUGUUUCUCUGGUUAACCUCCAGAUCUCUGUUUCUCUGGUUACCUCCAGAUCUCUGUUUCUCUGGUUAACCUCCAGAUCUCUGUUUCUCUGGUUAACCUCCAGAUCUCUGUUUCUCUGGUUACCUCCAGAUCUCUGUUUCUCUGGUUAACCUCCAGAUCUCGGUUUCUCUGGUUAACCUCCAGAGCUCUGUUUCUCUGGUUAACCUCCAGAUAUCUGUUUCUCUGGUUAACCUCCAGAUCUCUGUUUCUCUGGUUACCUCCAGAUCUCUGUUUCUCUGGUUAACCUCCAGAGCUCUGUUUUUGCUCCUCUAAGUAAAUCUAAGGAAGGAAUGGAAUUAAGAAUAUAUACAUAUAUGAAUGAGAGAUCUUUUAACACAACAUUUCAAGUGUUAACUCAACUUUUUGUGUCUUCUUUUACAAUGUCAUUUGUAUUCACCAUUUGAACAUGUCUACAUUUUAUUGGUAUGGAUUUACUAUGUUGGAUUGAGCUACUAGUGUUAAUGUCUGAUUUAUAGUUGGUGAAUAUACCUGUAAUAAAUAUCUUUUUGGAAUAAAAUUAAGUUUUUCAGAGAUUAUAA